AUGGUUGAUUUGUCUAGUAGUGAAUUGACGAGAGAUGAAUUGGCUAGAGGUGAAUUGGCUAGAGGUGAAUUGGCUAGAGGUGAAUUGGCUAGAGGUGAAUUGACGAGAGAUGAAUUGGCUAGAGGUGAAUUGGCUAGAGGUGAAUUGACGAGAGAUGAAUUGGCUAGAGGUGAAUUGGCUAGAGGUGAAUUGGCUAGAGGUUUGACAACAGGGCGCGAUGCGAGGCGCCGGCGGUCGGGCGAAGUGUGGGUGAUGAAGAGCGCCGAGGAGAUGCUGAGAUGCUGAGGAGAUGACAACGAAGACUACGAUUUUGAGUGAGAAGUGUAGAAGGUUGAGCGGAGAUUGUCUGUUUCGAGCGCCCACUUAUCGGUGGCGCCUAUCGGCGCGUCUCCUGCGAUUCCUAGACUGCAAUAAACUUAUUAUUUUUUCUUUAUUUAUUGUUUGUUUUAUCGGGUUUUUUUUUUCGCAAUGGCGAAGGUGCGGUUAAAAAUUUAUGGCUUUUAUAUUUGUAUGGCAUAUUGUAACCGUUUCUGCUUCGUAAGAGGGGAUUUCCUGCGACGCCAAAUAAACUUUAUUGACAAUUAAUGUCCUUUUUUUU